AUGCACUUGCUGCUGGAUUGCCCCACUGGCUUGGCUGUCCGGCGAGCUGUCAGUGUUGGCGCAGCUGAGGCAGAAACGGACGGGAAAUUAGGACUGCCUCUUGAUUUGCUUGGUUUGUAG